AUGGCGUCCAACCCCCCAUCAAACUGUUGCUUUACCGGCUUCAAACAUGAAGGAACUGCCACUGGAGAAAUGAUAUCCAUUGGAAACAUUUCUACAUACAUUGCACGUCCGAAGGGGGAUGACACGCCCCAAAAGGCUGUUUUAAUCCUGAGCGAUGUUUUCGGCAUUUUCACCAACAGUCAGCUUAUCGCUGACGAUUUCGCCGCCAAUGGUUAUCUCGCAGUGCUCCCGGAUCUAUUUGCAGGUGAUAAGAUGGAUAUCAGUGACUUUGAAGCCGGUCGAAUCAAUAUUCCUGAGUGGCUUUCCCGGAAUGGCCCCGAUGCCAUUGAUCCCAGAGUGGAAUCGGUUCUGCGUUAUCUGAGAGAAAGCUUGAGUGUCAAGAAGAUUGCAUGCGCCGGAUACUGUUUUGGUGGCAAGUAUCUUGCUCGCUUUUUGAAACAAGGCAAGAUUGAUAUCGGGUAUACUGCUCAUCCUUCCUUCAUCACGGAUGAGGAGCUUGCCGCAAUUGAGAAUCCUCUCUCCAUUUCCGCCGCGGAAACCGAUCAGAUCUUCACCCGUGAGUUGCGGCAUAAGUCAGAGGAGAUUCUCUCCGAGACAGGCCAGCACUACCAGUUGAAUCUUUUUAGCGGCGUUGAGCACGGGUUUGCAAUCCGUAGCGAUCUCACAAAGCCUAAGAAUAAGUUUGGAAAGGAGCAGGCUUUCCUGCAGGCUAUUGCUUGGUUUAACUUUGAGUUGAGUGUCUACGCAUAA